GUGUGUGCGUAUUUGUAUGCGUGUGUGUUUGUCAGCGUCUCUUGUUUCGAAUUUGGAUGAGUAAUCGUGAUGGAGUUACCAGCAAGUGCAGAAUUACAGAACCAGGCCAACCUGCCCCAGCACCGCCGCUGGGCCUUCUCGCCAGGGUAUUGGGUGACCCUUUCCUCCCCGCCCUCCGAAUCAAGUCUGUUUCCCCUGGAACGUGUUUUCGCGGCGGUGCCACGUCUCAGCCUCCAGCCCCAGCACGGCGGCGAAGGCUGGCAGCGAGGAGGCACCCAGGCACCACCACCACCCCCGCGCCACUAUAUAAGAGACAACUACCUCAGCGUGAGGUCACAGCUUUGCGCUCGUUCGUUCACUACCUCCUCGUGACGUCACGCUUGCUGAUGUUGCAGGGCAGCUCGGUCGCUUCCUCGUCACCUUGCACAUUGCGUUCCCUUUGCACGGCGUGUGUGAGGCGAGAGGCCGUGCGCUCACACCUGAAGGCGCAGCGUCUUGUGCGUGUCUCAGGUGAUGCGGCUAGAGAUUGGUGGCCCGCUUCGCCCUCGCGAGGCAGUGCGUUGGUGUCUGAAAGCCUGUGAUACAAGUGCUGAUUUAUAAACUGUUUCCAGGUGGAACUGAAAUUGUGAUCGAAUUAUGAUUCAAAAACAUUGAUAGUUUGACGUGGGCGUGAUCGGAAACUGCAAGCAGACGAGCGCCCGGCCCUCGGGGACCUAGUGCAGCUUCAGUGGUCAGCGCUGCCCACGUCGAGCUCACAGUAAAAAUUUCCUAAGCUCACGUGAGAGAGACGGCGCACGUGAGAAGCGCACGCCGGACCUAAUGUAGUCAGCCGCGAGCAGGGAGAGCGCCGCAGGAGAGGACAGGAAGGCAAGUCGCCAGGCCCAGCGGAGUCGGUCCCUCGCCGCCAUGUCCGCCAGGUGUUCCACGGAGAGGAGGAAGGGGCGGCAGCGGCGCCUGCGGAAGCGGCCCCUUGCAGCUUCCCCGUCAGCGUCCUCCUCCGCUUCGUCGUCAACGGGGGAGGGAGGGACGUCCGCCGUACUCGUGCCGUCGCUCCGCUCGCGCCGCCAGCGUCGCCAGCAACCCAUGCAUGAGAUGUUGCAUGUGGCCCGAGAGUGCUCAAACAGGGAAGCAGGCGGUCGACUUUUAACUUUUGGGGAACUCUGCCUCUUCACCACAGAGUUGCGACAAUGUUACGAAAAAGAGACUCCUCGGCCUGCACUUCUUUCAAAGUUGUCAGACAAAUCUGUUGGAGACAAGAAAAGAAGUGAGAGAAAAAUGUCAAAAUCAUCACCUAAGUAUGAGGUUUUCCUGGGUGGGUCGUGUAACCCCACGACCUGGCGCCAAAAUGUGGCGAUCCCCAUGCUGAAGGACCAGGGCAUCUCCUUCUAUAACCCACAAGUGUCCCACUGGGAAGAAGCACUUGUGGAGUUGGAGUAUCAGGCAAAACAGACUGCAUCAGUACUGUUUUUUGUUCUGGAUAGAGCAACUCGUAAUGUAGCAUCGAUGAUAGAAGCAGCUUUCAUGGCAGGCUGCCGUCGUAAGCUUGUGGUUGUCAUGGACUCUUAUACAGGUCCUGGGCAGCUGAUUGGGGGAGAAGCAAUCUCAGAGCUAGAGUACAGGGAACUUACCAAUGGCCUCCACACAGUGCAAGACCUUGUGGAGAGGCAAGGAAUUCCAGUCUUUCCAGAGAUUAAUCAUGCUCUUAAUUGUACAGCUAAGAUUCUACGUGAAAAUCUUCGACCUGAAGACCUUGGUCUUGAAGAUCAAGUGCAGCCCAUUAAGUAUCCAUAUCUUCAACUUGGAGAUAAGCUGAUAAAGCUGCAUGAUGCAUUUGUCAACACCAAUUCAGAGCAUAUAACACUAGCAGAGGCACGGGUAGCAUACAAAGUGGUCACAAAUAAGGAACUGACCAAUGAAGAACUCCAAGCAAUUGUUGCAGCUAAAAAGGGAAUGGAGAUGCAGGAAUUGAAUGGCACAGAGCUCCCACUGAGUGAUGUCUUUCUCACAUUUGAUGAAUUUUGCUGUAUUGUAGCAGAGUUUAAGAAUCAGAGAUUAGAAAGCAGGAGACUCUGGGAUGUUUUUACACACUCGGUUGUAUCUCCAAUUCAGAAAGUUUUUGGUUGGGCGUUACCACGGCGACCACUGAGGCCAAUUAGCAGUACAGGAGAGCGUGAUGUAUAUCUUGGAGGGUCUUUGGGAAACAGAGAGACUUGGCGUGAAGACAUUGCCAUUCCUAUGCUUUUGAAACAUGGGCUCUCCUUUUUCAAUCCUGCUGCCAGUGCUUGCUCAGGACGAUUGCUGCCCAUGGAGGCUGCUCUCAUGGAAAACUCAAGGGUUCUCCUCUUUGUUAUCACUAACACAACGCUUGGUGUAUCUGCAAUGGCACUGGCAUCACAUUACAUUGGCCUUGGUUGCAAUGUUGUUUUAUGUAUACAGAUGUUAACUGCAGAUGCAACUAUCUGUGGAGAACAGUUAUCUCGAACUGCAGUAAAGGACUACAACCGAGGAAGAACAUAUCUCAUAGAUCAAGCUAACAAAGAAGGAAUUCUAAUCUUCAAAAACAUCCAGGAAGCUGUUGAAUGUGUUAUAAACAAAUGUCGUACAAGAUAGUCAAGCCAAGUUUUUAUGAGUGUGAUCUGUGUAUCAGAGAAAUUUUGUGCUUAAAGAUACAAGUAAAAUCAUAAAAUUAUUUAUGAUGAUAUAAGAGGCAUGCAAUGGGUGUCUGUGUGUUUUUAUGGAUGAUUGGGUGUGGAAAGCAUUGAUUUACUGAAGCACUGAAAUUCUCCGUGUUAGAAAAGGAUUCUUCUGAAUAAGAAUAUCCAAUGAAACCUAACAAGUGGAGCAGCUAGAUUCCCAGAAGUUCGUGUCUCUCACAAACAUAUGCAGGUGUUGAUCACCAUCCUUUAUCUGUCUUGACAGGUGUAGAUGAGUUUAUUAGGUGUUGAACAAACAUUGUUUACUGGUGUCGGUGAAUUUCAACUGUAAUAUAUCAGGCUUAUUCAGUUGUGUUCAUGAACAUUGAACAUGUGUUGUGGACUUGGAAGAAGUUGACCUGUUUUCCGGAUAUGAAAUCCAGUCAUGAUGUGCCACAGGGAAAAAUUCAUUGUGGGCUUCAUGAGUGCAGCUUAAGCUAAUGUCCAACCAUUGCAGCAUAAGAAGAGCAGCAAGAAUAUGAAAGUGAUAAGAUUAUAAUACACAUUAACAAGCUUUAAGGGCAGAACUGGCCAUGUGUCAGAAUAAAUGCCUUUACAAUAAUUUCGAAAAAUAUUAUGUAAUUCAUGUUACAAAUGAAACUGGACAACAGAAAGUGAGGUGAAUGAUUCCUCUAAGGGAAUGUAGAGAUUGAGAUGAAAGGAACUGAUAAAAGUCAUCAAAAAUCAAUCAGGUAACUCCCAAAUUAGGGUAUAUGACCAACCUUUAGAGUUUAUUACAGAAGUCCUAUUUGAUUGGUCAUCAAGUUUUUCAAAUGCAUGAUAAAUCCACUGUUAAAGAUGGAAGUUUCUAAUGACCCUUAGGGAGUUUGGGAAAUGAAUGUGUUUUAAACUAAUUUAUAUAAAAUACUCAUGUAAGUAUCUCGUAUGAUUUAUGUAGUUGCAUAAGAAAUCUUGUGCCAGUUGAGAAAAGAUCCACAGAAAGUGGGGAUAGGUCAAGUCGCAGAAAGAUCAGCUAGAAAUCAGUCAUGAGACAGAUAGCAAACAGUGGUGGGUCUCUCCUAAAGUUCUGAAAUGAAUCAUCAUUAUUUAAAGGAAAGCACAGCCAUUUUUCACCAUUUAUUUUGUGUAGUCCUAAGGAUUGGGAUUGCUAAACUUGUCUCAUGUCAUUAGCUGGUACAGGAAGACAUCUCAGGUUUGCAGAUGAUUGAAUGUCAUCUUCGUUAUUGUUGUCCAUUCUUUCAGUAGAGUGAGAGUGAGUCGGCCUCUUUUAACAUUUGGUUAGAAGCUUAAGUACAAGCUCCCAUGUCAGGAAUAUCCCCAGUGUUGGAUGCAAUAUUGUGUUUUUGGGUAUCUUGAAGUGUCGCAGGCACAUUACUCAGUGUUUAAGAUUCUCACAAGGUUGUACAACUUCAUACUGCAUCACGUUUCAAUACAUUCCCUUUGUGAAGUGUUUUAAUGGUGCAUCUUUAAUCUUCUUCUUUUCUCUUCUUUAACUACAAGGAUUACAGAUAGAUGGCAGCUUUUCUUUGAUAGCCUUUAGCAUGAAUGCUCAUAUGAUUUAGCCAUAACCACUGUCAUUCCAUUAAUAUUGUGCCUCUAUUGACAGUGUGGAUAGUUUAGUGUACACAGAUAACCCACCGCAAUUUGAAUAUCUCUCAGUAAAUCAGCUAAUUUCCUGAAAUGGCUGGUUAUGUGGUAUUCAAAACCUACAGUCGUAAAGCUUGUUCAAUCUGUUAUACUGACAAUCUUUAAAGGAGAUAUUUUCAUAAUUGCAUGCACUAAUAUAUUUCACCCACAAUGCUAUGCAUAUAAGGUAUGUGAGUCUGUUCAUGCUUUUCUGAUAUUUUGUGUCAUCCAUUUGUUACUGGUACAAUAUUGUAUCAUCAUUAUAAACUCUUCGUGCUCAUGCAUUGUCAUACGGUGUUAUUCUUUGUAGACAGUAUUGGUACUCUAAAAUUUGCAGAGAAUGUCAUCAGAGUUUUUGUAUAUUUGUUGUCAUCAUCAAAAUGCACAGAUGUCACAUUUACUUUAUGUUAAAUUUGGAUAUAGUUGAAUAUAUAGUUUCUCAGUC